UUCGAGUUAAACGGUCGUGAGUGAGUGACUUCGUAAAUUGAAAAGCGGUAAACUGAAAUAAUUUCUGAUAAAUAAUAAAAAAUUAAUAUAAAUUCAAAUUGUGGGGAGAAAAAAUAAUUUGUUUUAAAUAAAUUCUAGCUUAAUAGAUAAAGAAAUAAUAAGAAAAUAAAUAUAUUAAUUUAUUGAGAAAUUAAAGCAACUGUUUGAAAGUGUAAUUAAUUAAUUAAUACUUAUAGCUGGGGAAAAAAUUUUAAAUUCAUAGAAAUUUAUUGUUAAAACAAAGAUUUCGAAAAAAUAUUAUUAAAAAAUAAAAGAAAAUACAUACAUAAGUGUUUUGAAGUGAAGGUAAAAUUAAAAGAAUUUAAUAAAGUGUUGAAAUUUAAAUUACAAGUAUAAUAUAUUUGUGUAACAUUAUUCGAAACGCUUGAAGCUAAAUAAAGUUUCAAUAUACGUUAAUCAACGUUUUUAUUUGGCCGUUUAAAAUCCAUAAAAAUAUGUUUGUAUAUUUUUGUCAGUAAAAUACAAUAAAACCGCCAUUGGUGUUGAAAAUAUUUUGUUUUUAAAAUAUAUAAUUGUGCAAACAAAAAUUCCAACUGUUUAAAAUUUGAAAUAAAAGCUAGAAAGCAAAACAAAUUUGAAUCACAAUGGAGUUGGAAUUGGAAAAUUCGAAAAUGUUGAAACACAACACAAUAGCACGCAACAUUGAUAUAGAAUUUAAGGAUCUCACCUAUAGGGUCAAAGUGCCAAAGCAAAAAGAAAAGAAAAUUGUACUUAAGGGAAUUUCGGGCAAAUUCUCAUCGGGUCAAUUGACGGCCAUUAUGGGACCAUCGGGUGCGGGUAAAUCAAGUUUAAUGAAUAUUUUAACAGGAUUUACAAAAACUGGUGUCAGUGGCACCAUUAAUUUUGGCAAUGCUCCCAAAGCCCGCAAAUUGUGCUGUUACAUUAUGCAAGAUGAUCAUUUUUAUAACUUGUUUACCGUCGAAGAAACUAUGAUGCUGGCCACUAGUUUAAAAAUCUCCAAUGAGUGUAUGAGUUUAAAGGAGAAGAAAUUAUUGAUAGAACAAAUUUUGGAGACUUUGAAAUUGUCGAACACCAAACAUACGCGCUGUAAUCGUUUGUCGGGUGGUCAAAAGAAACGUUUAUCUAUAGCUUUAGAAUUGAUUGAUAAUCCUGCCAUAUUGUUUUUAGAUGAACCCACCACAGGCCUCGACAGCUCCAGCUCUUUUGACACCAUCCAACUGUUGCAAUUGUUGGCCAAUGAAGGUCGUACCAUUGUCUGUACCAUCCAUCAACCCUCCAGCAAUAUCUAUAAUCUCUUCAAUCAAAUUUAUGUUAUGAGCCGUGGCCACUGCACCUAUCAAGGAAGUCCCGGCAGAACUGUGGACUAUUUGAAAUCAGUGGGUCUUGAAUGUCCAUCUUAUCAUAAUCCAGCCGAUUAUUUAUUGGAAUGCGUUAAUGGUGACUAUGGCGACUAUACAGAUUCUUUGGCCAAGGCAGCCUUAUUACCAGAAUGGCGUAAUGACUAUUACGAUAUUGAAUCAUCGGUAUCAUCCUCUUUAAAUAAUAUACAAAUUGUAAAAAUGUCUGAUACGACGAGACAAUUUGAUGGCAAAAAACGUUUAUCACUGUCGCAUGCGGUGAACAAGCACAUGUAUCCGCCGCCAGAAUGGAUGCGGCUAUGGUUGCUGAUAGGCCGUUGUCAUGUGCAAAUAUUUCGAGAUUGGACUCUCACACACUUAAAACUCUUGACUCAUAUUUUGUGCGCCAUUUUAAUUGGCCUACUGUUCGGCGAUUCUGGUUCUAAUGCCAAUAAACAAUUCUCCAAUUUUGGUUCGUUUCUGGUGCACACUUUGUAUCUAUGGUAUACCACCAUUAUGCCCGGCAUAUUGAGAUUUCCCCAAGAAAUUAGCAUUAUAAAGAAGGAAUCAUUUAAUAACUGGUAUAAAUUGAAAACAUUUUAUCUGGCCACUUUAAUUACCUCAACACCGGUGCAUAUAAUCUUUUCCAGCAUUUAUAUAACCAUAACGUAUCUAAUGACCGAUCAGCCUUUAGAGUUUGAACGUUAUGUUAAAAUGAUAUUAACCGGCAUGAUGGUAACAAUAUGUGCUGAUGGUUUAGGUGUACUAUUGGGUACAAUAUUGAAUCCGGUGAAUGGCACAUUUGUGGGGGCAAUUUUAACUUGUUUCACAUUAAUCUACUCUGGCUUCUUGAUACUGCUGACUCACAUGUCCGACUUUAUGAGACUCAUAUCGUAUACAUCGCCCAUACGUUACGGUUUGGAAAACAUGAUACUGGCCAUGUAUUCUAAUAAUCGUGCCGAUACUAUAUGUCCCGAUAAUGUGUUAUAUUGUCAUUUUAAAAAUGCUGCUACUGUUCUAAAAAGUUUUGGCAUGGAAAAUGGCAAUUUUACUAUGAAUUUAUCCAUAUUAGUUGUACAGCUGGUGAUCUAUAAAUGCUGUGCCUACUUUACACUACGACGUCAAAUUAAACGUGAAUAAAACUUGGCUUGAGUUUAGGAAAGCACAAAGUUUAAGUUAUUAUAAACAACACACAAAUAAAACGGCUGUUUGGAAUAUGAAUUUUACAAAUUAGUAUUAAAUAGUUUAAGCUUCUUAUUUAAACAAAAAUAUAUAGUAUAUGUAUAAAUAUUAUUAAUUCUAUUCAUUUGUUAUUUAGCUUAGUGUUAUAGUUAUUUUAGAGAGCAGUGUGUUAUAGAGAAUGUGCUUUAUGUUAAGUGCCUUAAUUUAAGCCUAGAUAUUAACAUAAAAUAUGUACAUUAUUAUGUACAUACUUAUUAUCUAUUAAAGAACAAAAUAUAAUAAUAAUAAUGUCAAUAAGUUCAAAAAAAUAUUUACAAAAUGUUAAACAAAUAAUUGAAUUAUUUGCUUGAUUCUCAGCCAAGAUCUUAAAAAGAUCAUGUUAACUACAAUACUACUAAACCAUCCUCUCCUCCAUAUCUCUUUAUUAUGGCUGUUAAUUUACAAGGUGUUUUUUUCUUCUUUUUAUCGGAGAGUUUAGUAAAUAUUUUCAAAAUCUAAUAUGAGUUUAAAACCUAAUUUUUUACAACUCUUUAGUACAAGGUUUAUUUAAUUAUUUUUAUUUUUUAAUUUUUAUUAUUUGGGGUAUUUACACGGUCUACUAUUUGGUCGUAUUGUCAUAAUGUCCUAAUAUAUUUAAUAAUUUUUUGUUGUGUUUCAAACAAAACAGUUCUAAACUAAUAAGACUAUUUGAACUACAUACGUUUAUUGUUUUGUCAUAAAAUAAUAUUAUUUUUUUGUUUAAAACACAACAACAACUAUUAUAAUAUAUUAGGACAUUAUGACAAUACGACCUAAUAGUAGACCGUGUGAAUAUCCCAAUUAUUUACUAAGUAUUUCUAAGUUACUUUAUAUGAAAUAAUGGUGUGAUAAUGUUUUAAGUUACAUAUUUUUGAUUAGCUUUUAUUGUACUUAUGAAGUAAAAACAAAAAAUAUUGAACCAAUCGAAUAAAUUAUAUUUACAAAAUGU